CCGCGCCUGCCUGGCAUGCCUGGCCCGCGUGCUGGCCGCCUGCGGCCACAUGGAGCCAGCCCUGAGCUCUGGCCUGCUGGAGCACCUCAGGUGCAGGGCUGUGGCUGCCACCCCUGCCAGCACACCCGCUGGGAAUACCCACCACCCACCCCUGCUCUUCCCGCCCCCAGGGGCCCUCAGGCUCACAGCCCCAGCCUCCCUGCACCUCUGGCCUCUGGCGCCCCUGGUGACCCUUCCGGCUGGGCUGACUGCAAGGACCUGUUGGGCAGAAGAGGAAGCGCGUGGUGGAAGCUCCUGUUCCCACCAGCAGGGACCAGCCUAGCAUCCAGGACCAGGUCGGAACCAGCAUGUUUGUGCCGGAUCAUGCGGCCCGACGACGCCAACGUGGCGGGCAACGUCCAUGGGGGCACCAUCCUGAAGAUGAUCGAGGAGGCGGGCGCCAUCAUCAGCACCCGGCACUGUAACAGUCAGAACGGGGUGAGCGCUGCGCCCUCCCCAGCCUGCGGGGCGGCCGGGGCUUGGUCUGGGCUCCCCCAGGACCUGGGCCCCUCUGGCGACGCCGGUCCUGUGGGCGGAGGGCUCCCCUGCUACAUGACGGCCGUAGCCGUGACCCUGAGGCUGGGGGGGCGCCCCCUCCCCUGCGGUCUGUCAGGUGCAUUGCAAUGCAGAUUCAGAAACGGGGCGGGCGGGGUGCGUGGGCUGACCGUGUCCCCACAGUACUCGCGGCGGGAGCAGGAGGAGGAAGGCCGCAAGCGGUACGAGGCGCAGAAGCUGGAGCGCAUGGAGACCCGGUGGAGGAACGGGGACGUCGUCCAGCCCGCCCUGAACCCAGAGCCCAACACGGUCAGCUACAGCCAGUCCAGCCUGAUCCACCUGGUGGGGCCAUCCGACUGCACCCUGCACGGCUUCGUGCACGGAGGGGUCACCAUGAAGCUCAUGGACGAGGUGGCCGGGAUCGUGGCCGCUCGCCACUGCAAGACCAACAUCGUCACCGCCUCCGUGGACGCCAUCAACUUCCAUGACAAGAUCAGGAAAGGCUGCGUCAUCACCAUCUCCGGCCGCAUGACCUUCACCAGCAACAAGUCCAUGGAGAUCGAGGUCCUGGUGGACGCCGACCCCGUGGUGGACAACUCGCAGAAGCGCUACCGGGCCGCCAGCGCCUUCUUCACCUACGUGUCCCUGAGCCAGGAGGGCCGCUCGCUGCCCGUGCCCCAGCUCGUGCCGGAGACCGAGGACGAGAAGAAGCGCUUUGAGGAGGGCAAGGGGCGGUACCUGCAGAUGAAGGCCAAACGCCAAGGCCACGCCGAGCCGCAGCCCUGAGCCCGCCCGCCUGGCCGGCCCCUUCCCCUUGAGAGCUGGUGUCGCGGGGUCCUCGCCUCAGUGUUAGCCUUCACUCCUGGAACCUACACACCAAAGCUUUAUUUAUACCAGUCAGUGUAAAUGCGCCCCAGUAUCGUCCCCGCCGCCGCCAGCGCGCCCCGGAGCCCUGGGGUGCUCGCGUGCUGCGCACCGGCGCCCAGUGCCGCUAAUAAAGCUGCUGUUUCGCUGGCC